AUGGCGACCGCCAGUGGUCCAGUUGAAGUCGACGCUGUGUUUAUCAAGGCAUUGAAGCUUUUGCAUUCUCGACACCCUGACUCUUUAGACCAACUUCGUGCACUUCGAGAUGAUGUCAUUAGACAGCACAACCAACAAGUUCCUGUCACGAAAACUCCCAAGGUACAGUAACAUUGCUUUUAAUUGCUUGUUGAUAGUUGGGACAGAUCAGAUUUUCAAUCCCAAAAUUAAGUCAAAGUGAACCGUGAUAUAACAACCGCGUUUGGUAAUCAAAUAAGCGAUAUGAGCAGUGAAGUAUCAAAGGUCUUCACACGCCGCUCAUUCUCUUUGGGAUCACGAGAGAGAUAUCUUUAGGUUAGGUAAGAAAUGGGUAUGUUGUGGUUCAAUUUUAUCCUUGGUUUAAAAUUUAUUUUCUUUUUUUUUUGGGGGGUAUUUACUAUAGUAAUUUAUGAUAAUGAGUUUUGAACAAAAGAAAAACACAACAUAUAUAGCUCUAGAACCACAGGGAUAUAACAAUGGAGACAUGUUCUGCGGUUUGAAAAUAAAUUGUAUUUUUUCUCCUAGGAAAAAACAAAGGAAAAGAAGCUGGGGAUUAAUUGUGACAGGAGGCCAAGUGCCAUAGUGUCAACAGCUGAAGUAAAAGUUAAAUUAGCAGAGAAAAAACAUGAUGCUGAUGCCAUGCAGAUCAUCUCUGGUCAGGCCGAUCAAAACCGAACUGUUGCAGUGGAGGAAUCUAAUGUUGAAACACUGGAGAUUGGCUCUAGCAUGAUAGAAACAGUUGAACUUAGCUCAAGCUCCUUCAUGGACCACAGUUCAGCAAAGAAACCCAAACUACAUUUUGAUGUGGAGGAUGUUUUGAAUGAAGGUGACUUGGACUCCCAUAGUACAUUGCAGCCCGUGGUAGAUGACUUGAUGAUUGACCUGGGAUCUGUCUGCAGUAUUUGCUAUAGGUGAGCAGUGGUAUUUUAAAGUAAUGAUCUGGGUAAGAAGGGAAGCAAUUUCUUUUGUUAUUGCACAAUACACUUUCCUCACAUUGGAAUGUUUUCAUUUUCACAUAUAGAAUGCAUUAACCUACAAAAAGGAAGUCUACGAAAUAAAAUAUAGUUUGACUCUAUUUGUUAAAAGAUUUCGACCAAGCAUAAGACUUGCAAGCAAUAGCCAAGAAAAGUUUACAAUUUGAAAUGUUCCUCACAUAGGAUUUUUGUGUCACAUAGACUCAGAUGAGAUUUUGUUAUAAGGAAGUUGGUUAGAAAACAAGGGAUUAAUAUACAUGCUGCUUUCCGGAGCUUUCGUAAAAUUUGAUGUUUUAACCAAUCAGAAGUGUAAUAGAGACAAUAGUAAGGUUAUCACCUUUUUUGCAUUCCGACAUGUUCAUUGCGUUUGGCUCUUUCCUUCUUAUCUGGACCAUUAUUGGUGUCAGAGCAAGCUCUUCCCAGUCAAAUCCCUAUAAUCAGAGCCUCUCCAAAACAACCACCUCCCAUAAGCAACCACAACCACUGUUUGGCCUGAUGGUUUUAUUAUUUUCUCUUGUUGUGAACCUCUUGUAAGCAACCACUUGAUGCAUGAUGUGGUCUCUGUUCAUUGUAUGUACUAUGCCACUCAGACUAUAGCAAAAUAAAAACUUUCAGUGACAACAUAGAACCACACCAGCACUUACAGGUAACUUCAAAAUUGCAUGCAAUAAAAUGCGGUCAAAUCGGGAAAACCGUGAACACCAGAAAUAUUUCUGGAAUGUUAUCGUGGUGCAAGAAAAAAGCCAAUCAGGUAUGAGAAAACUAAACUGCAAGCAAGAACGUGAAUUAGUUCGUGGUUUUGUGGCUUGCUUGCAUGUCUUGAUCUUUGCUGUGAUUGGUCGUAACACAAUAGACAUUCCUGAAAUAUUUCAAGUAUUCGGGAUUUUCCCAGUUGCACUGUAAUAACAAUAAUAAUGAAAAUGAUUUUAAAAUUUAUAGCACAUAAAUAUCCAUGUAGAUAUAAUCAAAUGUGCGAUAAAAAUGUAUAAUUAACUUAUGAAAUUGUGUAAAUAAAGUAUUGUGUGCAACAAAUGUAGAAAUAAAAAAAUUAUAGAAUGGUGUACAGGUGUAUGUAUGCAUUACUAACAUAAUAAAGUAUGUUUGUUAAGUCUUACAUCCUGUUCAAAACUAAUCCUGAUUGUAAGUUAAAUUGAAAAAAUAAGUCUUAAGUAAUGAUUUAAAGUUUGUUUAAGUUAGUUUCGCUAGGUAUAUUGUUAUCUUCCACAAUUUUGAUGUGUCUGGAUGUCUUGUCAGAUGAGACCGUAAGCAAUCACUAAAUCUUCACAAUUUUGGUGGUCACCUCUGGCAGGCUAGUAUGUACUUUUAUGAAAUUACACUAAAUUAGUAGCUUAUAUUGUUUGAUUAUUUUGUGCUCCUUUCAGAGAAGAGAGUAAAAUUCCGGGUAAUCAACUGGUUGAGUGCCAUGAGUGCCAUUCCCUUUAUCAUCAGGUAAAACAACAUUUAGUUUAUAAACUUAUAAAAGGUGUAAUAAUUAUUCAUUGUGGUAUGUGUGUGAUAGGCUCAUUUAUCAUGUGUCCCACCUUAUUCACUUCGUACGUUUUAGUCUGCAUCACAGAUGUAUCCAACCCUGACUCAUAAAGUCUGUGAAACAUGGUCCGGGGCCUUGUGAUCUGGACCUCCAAUGAAGCCAACAAACUUCUGGCAGUGCAUUUUGAAUUUCCCUUCGAACUGAUUGAUCAAUCAAACAAUACUUUUUAACAGGCCAAUAUGACCAUGGCAGGUACUCAAAUCCCACUACACAGCUGGGAGCCCAGAACAAGGAUUUCGGCCCUGGCUCACAGACAGACUUAACCAGUUAUAGUGAUAGUUUUGUCUGUGGUACAGGCUUCUUUGUUAUUGAUCACAACAUCUCAAACAUCAGCGUAGAAAGAAAGUAGUGUCCAAUAGCCCGGGGCUAGUGGAUUUUGCUAUCGGGCUAGUGAUUUUUGUUCUUAACUUGCCCAAUGGGCAUGUACUGUGUUUUGGGGAAAUUCAAGUUACAGAAGAAUUGUAAUCAAUCCUGCUAAUCAAAAAGGGUUUUGGGGCUAGUUGAAAUGACUUGUGGGCUAGUACAUGCUAGCUACAGCUUGCCCAAAUUGCAGGCUGUAAAACUGACUUUCUUUGCACCCUGAACAUUAAUUUAUUUUGCUAGUGGUCUUCAUCAGGUGAUGGCAUCAAUUUACUACGCAAGACUUUUAUUAUCGCCGUGGGUCUUGCCAGUGAUUGUAUCAUUACGAGCCUUGUUUAUGGUUGGUGGGUUUUGAUCCAAAGCAAUGUUGUUAACAAUGCUUUUAUACACUUAUUUGUCAGAGAUGUCAUGAGCCAUGUGUGAUGGACAGUGAAGUAAACGAUCCCAGACAUGUUUGGUAUUGCAGUCAAUGUGUGAGAAGGAUGAGGGAAAUGGUAUGUAUGAUAAAGUAAUUAUUUAUUUGAUCAUUGUUUACUGGCAUUUAGCAUCCCUGUUGAAGACUACCCUGACCUAGAAAACUCCUAGUCUGAAGUGUCACAGACCACUCCCAUGGCUUCCCCUUGAAGGACAACAGCAAGGAGACAGCUUACACUUCAGAUUAGAUCACUUACUGGGCUAGCAGAAAUUAGACUGAAACUUUAAGAGUUUUAGGAACCUGUAGUAAAUUAUGGUCUGUACAAACACAGGGCUCGAACUUGGCCGUGGUCUACUAGCCAAAUACCAGUAGAUUUUGAUUUUUGGCUUGUGGAUUUAGCUCAUUUACUAGCCAUCUUGGCUAGUUAAUUUUCGCUCCUGUAAACAACAUAAGCCUUGAAAUGUUUUCAACAUUUUCCCAGUUGAUCCACACCUUCUAGUAAGCUCUUAUUUCAUUCCCCCAUUAACAACUGGCAUGAAUAAAAGAAAGAAAAGUAAUUCUACAUAAGAAUAAUAUUUGUUAAUUUGGUUUUCAGUUUCGCAUGUAUUCGCUGCCAUCUUGAACUUUUGUAUGCUGUACAGAAGUGCCUAGACUAGUAGAAACACGUUUAUGGCUAGUAAAGCCCGAGCAUGUACUAGCCAUUUGACUAUUAAGUUCAAAAGUUAAGUUCAAGCCCUGCAAAUAAUCGGAAUGAUGGCCAGUUCAUAGACAGUUUGCUGUCAGCUUAUUGUGCUUGUAUGUAAUCAAUUUGCAUGAUAUUCACAGGCAAGUAGUGCAUCUCCCAAGUCCCGGCCUGCGGAAUCAGCAGUAUCAAGUAGACCACAUGUACCUCUCAGCAGACCCACCCCAAUGACUUCAUUCAAGCGGCCAUCCAUCAGUGAGAUAAAGGUAUCUUUCGUUAGACUGUGAGCAGUCUUCUUUUCAAAGUUAUUCAACAUGUAACCCAUGCAGGCGAGCGACGAGUCAUGAUAAACGAGGGCAUAUGCCCAAGAAGAAAAAUAAGGGACUGCUGAAUCUUUUGUUUGGUCUUUGGAUUUCGAAGCUGUCACAGUCAUUUUAGUAUCCAAUUAAACCCGAGUAACUUGAACCAUUUUAUAUACAGAACAUAAACAAUUGAUAAAUUAUACUUGUUUUGAAUCUUUUAAGAUUGCCAGCAGUUUCCUUCUGUUCUUCAAAAGGAAGAUAUCCUUAAACGUUUUAGCUUAUACGUGGCUACUGCUUGGUUUGUCAUUGUUCAUAGUUAGUUGCGACAGACCUGUCUUCAACUGGUCAUGACUAUGUUCUCACACCAAACAUAUACACCCACAGACAUGUCAAUGAUCUGUCAACAGUAGUAAAAUUGGCUACUUGUUUCUGGGUUGCCAGAGGGUUUGUUCACUGCAUUUCCAGGUCAUCUUUUCUUGUCUCAUAGCAACAAUCCCUUUUCUGUAAUGGCAUUGUUUCCAAAUGCCCUGGCUGGAAUAAGAACUCAACAGGUUUUAAAAGAAAAGGCAUACUGCAAGCAGUCUAUUUUUUUUACAUCUCAGUGUUUUGUUUAAAAGCAUAUUAUUGAUCCCGUUGGUUUUCUCCUACCCUGGGUACCAGAGGUUUUUCUUCAAUAUCACUGAAUGCCAACCUUUUGAGACAAUCUAGAAAAGUCUCUGGCACCCCGGUAGUUUCUGUAACUGUCCCAAUGCCAACCUUAAUCUAGAGACUGUCUUCGCAGGCUAAAAGAGUGAGAUUGUCACUGGGAAAUGAUAUGCAGUUCGCAGAGCAAACACGUGAAAAUUUUCAAUGUGUACUUUGUUCAUUUCAGCCUAGUCCAUCCCCAACCACACAUCAGUCAUUUGCCAUCCCAGCUCUCAGUUCAAAUACAGCCCUAUCUUCAUCAUCACCAGCAACAAGCAAGCCAUCAACAAGCACUGGAUCUUCCUCUUCACAGAAUGUUGCCAUGCAGUCACUAGCUUUGAAAAGGUUACAGAUGGUCAAGAAAAAGGCUCAGCAAAGGGUGUUUAAUCAUCAACAGAUUAGGAUUCCACGCAGAUAAAAACUGAAAAGAACGUUUUUGUGCUCUGUCCUUUUAUUUCACAAAAUAUACAUGCUCUGGUUUAAUUCUCACAUGAGGACACUCUUCAGAACAGAGAAUCUGUCAGAUUCUAUAAAUUUCAAAAAUCAUUCCACACUGCUUGCUAUGGGCUAGUUUGAUUUUGUCCAGAACUAAGAAAACUGUUUGAAAAAGGACAGUAUUUGAAUUAGAUAUUUUACAUGUUUUUGUCUAAACUAUGCUUUAAUAAGCGCCUUAAGUGCCAUUGAGCUCAUGGAAAUGGCGCUAUAUAAAUUCUUGUAUUAUUGUAAAACAGCAGUAAGCUCGCCAAAUGUACAAAAUGGCCCUUAAAUAAACCCUUGUUCUCCAAGGUGGUAGCAAAAAUCAUAAAAUCAGCAAGUGUUUUUAGAGCACUAUGUGACGGUGGUUGGUCC